AUGAGAACUUUAAUCUUUUUAUCAAUUACAGUAUUUACUGCUUUUUCAGAUGAAUGUAAACCACCUGUUGAAAAUUGCCAAACAUGUACGACAAAUAAUCCAACUAAAUGUGAAAGAUGUGAAGUAGGAUAUUAUGUUAACAAUGGAAAAUGCACAGCAUGUUUAGAUGGCUGUUAUUAUUGUACCGAAAUGAAUAAUUGCGAACAAUGUAAUAAUGGGUAUUAUUUAGAAGAAAAUGGAUCUUGCGCAAAAUGUUCAGAAGGUUGUUUUGAGUGUACCGGUUCUGCAGUCUGUACUAAAUGCAUAAAUGGGUAUUAUAUUGAAAAAAAUGUAUGUAAAGGGUGUUCGGAUGGCUGUUCAACUUGCAGUGGUGCCGCCACUUGUACUAGUUGUAAUGAUGGAUAUUAUCUAAAUAAUAACAAAUGCACAAAAUGUACAACUGGUUGUUCAAAAUGUAGUGAUGCUACUAAAUGUACCGCAUGCUUAAGUGGUUAUUAUUUGGAUGAUAAUAAUAAUAAAUGCACGAAAUGUACAAUUGAAGGUUGUGCAACUUGUAGUAAUGCUAACACUUGUUCUGGAUGUACAACUGGAUAUUAUCUAAAUAAUAACAAAUGCACAGCAUGUACAAAUGGUUGUUCGAAGUGUACUGAUGCUAAGACGUGUUCUGUAUGUAAAACCGAUUAUUAUCUUGAAAAUAAAGAAUGCAAAAAAGAAGUGACUUGUGGUGCUUCUGUAAUGGGAUGUUCGAAGUGCAAAGAAGAUAAAACAACUUGUGUUUCAUGUACAGCUGGAUAUUAUCUUGAAGGAGGUAAAUGCAAAAAAUGUAAAACUGGCUGUUCAAAAUGCAGCGAUGCUAACACUUGUACUGGCUGUGUUGAUGGAUAUUAUUUGGAAGGAGGUAAAUGCAAUAAAUGUACAAAUGGCUGUUCAAUUUGCAGCGAUGCUAACACUUGUACUGGCUGUGUUGAUGGGUAUUAUAAAAGUGGUCAAACGUGUACAAAAUGUGCAGCAAAUUGUGCAAAAUGUACUGGUGCUGAUAUUUGUUCUAAAUGUGA